AUGGUGUCGCCGUCUCUCGAGAUCCAAUCGGGAGACGAGGACUUUUCGACGCCCGAGCGCGAUGCGCCGCGGGUGCAUGUGCGUGGUAUUGUGCGUCUCUCGCUACCGCGCCCCGCGCGCAUCAAGGACAUCACGAUCACGCUCCGUGGGCAGUCGCGCACCGACUGGCCAGAGGGGCUCAAGCAGAAUGGCAUUGAAAUGGUGGAGCAGGUCGACAUCCUGCGGCUCUCGACGAGCAUCUUCCGCACGAGCUCAGGACUGCCGCUCUCGCUCGGCCGCGGCGGCGUGGCGGACCACGCGAUGCCCGUCGCGGACCCGACGACGGCCACGCAGCACAUGUGGCCGGAGGAGGUGCGCGAGCGCGAGCGCUCGCCGCUCAUGAUCCCGCUGCCGUACCGCCCGCCGCCGUCUGCGCAGCACGCGCUGCGCUCGGUGCGGGGCCUGCUGGAUGGGCUGCGCUCGCCGCGCACGUCGCCCGACACGGAGCACCCACCGCCCCUCUCUCUGCCGGCGGCCAGCUCGCCGCCGGUGCAGGCCGAGUGGUUCGAGCUGCGCAAGGGCGAGUACGAGUACCCGUUCAGCCUCCUGCUGCCGCACGACCUGCCGCCGACGCUGCAUGCCGACUUUGGGCAUGUCUCGUACGAGCUCAAGGCGACCGUGUUCCGCAGUGGGCCGCUCGCGAGCAAUGUCGUCGCGGAGCGCGAGGUGACGCUCGUGCAGACGCCGCCGGUCGCCGCGCCGAGCGUGGCCGACUCGAUCCUGCUCGACCGCCUGUGCGAGGACAUGCUGUCGUACUCCGUCGCCAUCGACGAGAGCAGCUUCCCGAUCGGCACCUCGAUCCCUGUGCGUCUCACGUUCGUGCCGCUCGGCAAGACGCGCAUCCACCGCCUCGUAUUCGCGCUCGAGGAGAAGACAGACUACUAUGCGAACGAGCGCAGGACGAUGCGCCACGAAAUGCCGCGCAAGUGGAGCCUGCUGCGGCUGCAAGGCGCCGAGGGAGAGGGCCCCCUCCUCCCCGUCCUUGACGAGGACCCACAUGCGCUGGCGCGCUCGCCGCUGCGCCCGUAUGUCGAGGCCGCCGCUGCGCAGAGCCCCGCCGAGGCCGAGGAAAUUCGCCUCGCGCCCCUCAGCCCGACCGGGCCGUGGCACCUCCAUCUCGCGCUGCCCGUCACGAUGGAGCGCCAGACCAUGAUCAAUAUCUCGUGCCAGCACCCCAAGUCGAAUAUCCAUAUCUACCACGUGCUCAAGAUCACGAUCCGCGUCGAGAGUCUAGGCAGCGAGCCGCGCAUCCUCGAUAUUGUCAUCGGCGUGCCGAUCGUGCUCACGCACUCCAAGACAUCGCUCGAGUGGGUGCGUCUUCCCCAGUACGAGGAGACAAUGUCCCCGCCGCCGCCGCCGUCGCCGCCGCCGCCGCCGCCCGCCGUGGCGCCGCCGAGCCGCUGA